UAUACUUCAUAUUGCUAGUAUCUAUCAAUUGAAACUUAGAACGUUACUAUUAAUUCUAACGAAAUUUACUAAUUUAAUAAUAAGAAAUUAGUUUUUCAAUAUUAGAGAAUUUGAAAAAUUACUGAUAGCAAUACUCAACAUAAAUACUAGCUACUUCAAAGAAAUUUGACUAAUCUUAUUAAAUGCAAAUUGAGGACCCAAAAGCUCCAUUCUGUUUUGGGUCUCGCGAUGUCUCGACAAUGCCCAAAUUUCUUAGAGAGGCCACGAAUUUCAAACGGGGAAGAAUAGAUUGAAAGUUCGUACGCGUGCAGAGGAGGCGAGAGAUUAUGCGAAUUCCACCGAUCUCGGAACAGACGGUGCAUGCAAGAAGCUCCGAUACGAGUUCAGUGUUAAUCGAGCCGUCCGAUAGUACGACUGGCCCAACGGUGUUUGUAAUGAUACACCGGCAUCUUGAACGUUUCAUAUCGUUCGUUUGAGCAAACCGGUAAAGUUCGCACGUGAAAAUCACCGCAAUUGGUUCUUCCUACGACGUUUUACGAGAGCCAUCCGAAUCCACCAGUGUUGCCACGAGAGUGGUAACAAAGGAUGUUAUCCUGGUCCGUGCAUCCACUUCUGGGGAAGGCGUUUCGGAGUUGGCCGCGUUCCGAUAGACAGAUAGAGGACAUGGAGGACAAUCCGAAAUCUUUGCCGUCGAAAAAGUCCACGACCUCGUCCACGCUUCCUUCGCGAUGGGUGUUGUUGAAGACCUCGCUGCCCUUGGAAUCGGAUGCGAACUCGUACACGGAAGAGCGAUGCCUGGAGUGCGGCCCGCCGCCCCCGAUAGAGGAACCUCACUGUUAUUCGGUCUGCACCAGCGAAAGCUCCUGCACGGAAGACUUUAAUUGCACGUUCCAGAUCAACAAAGAUGCGAUUAAGAAUAUUCUGGUAGAGCACAUGAGAUACGUGCGCGGUCGGUCCCAGCUGUUAGGCGACCUGGAAACGAACAAACUGGACCUGGAUGAUCUGAAAGGUGUCGCCAACGUGUACAAGAUACACGAGAUAAACGCGCUUUUGCUGUACGCCUGCUUCAUCGGCCGAAUGGAUCUUAUCGUUGCUCUGCACAAGUGCGGGGCGGAUUUGAACUAUUCGGAAGAGAAGCAAGGUCUCACCCCUUUGCACCUGUGCGCGUUCAGCAAUUGUUUGGAAGGCGUGCAGUAUCUGUUAGAUAACGGCGCUAACAUGUACCUGGACAAAAACAACACGCCGUUUCAUUACGCUGCUUUCGGGGAUGCCUCAAGGGUAGCUCUGUAUUUCCGUCAAUUGGGGAUCAGUCAGAAAUCACCGCAGGGAGAGACCGUUCUGCACGUUGCGGCUAGGUCGAACUCCGCGAACGUGUUGAAGUUACUAGCACCGAACAAUCCAACCAUAAACUUAUUCGACCACAACGGAUACGCCGCUAUACAUCACGCAGCGGACAAAGGGUAUCCUUGCUUGGAGGCGCUCUUAGAUGCCGGUUGCGAUCCAAACCUGAUUACUAAAAAAAAGGGCAACACAGCCGCGCACCUAGCCGCGGAGUCUGGCUGCGCGAGAAACGUUGAUCUGUUGGUCGAACACGGCGCAAAUGUUACAUUAGAGAAUAACAGAGGACAGACAGCGUUGCACGUAGCCUGCCGCUCUCAUUCUUUGGAGUGCGUGGAGAUACUGCUAAAGAAAUGCGGCUGUGAUCCUAACAUCGGCGACGACGACGGAAAAACCGCCCUUCACCUAGCUCUAGGCAGAUCUUUGUUGGCUCACAACGUCACCGAGUAUCUCGUGACGUGGAAGGCCGACGUGAACAAAACCGACAAAUACGGCUACACGCCGCUUCACAUCGCCGCUUUGAACGAGCUGUCCCAAUGCGUGGACAUACUGAUCCAGCACGGCGCGGAUCUCAGCGCCAGAACGAAGGGCGGGACCAGCGCGUUGUCCAUCAUCUUGCGAAAAACCCCGACGUCGUUGAACGUCUUCAAGCAGAGACUGGACGCGUCGAUCACGCUUCAUCAGCACGAAACCGCCACGGGCGAAGUGGAGCUCCGUUUGGACUUUCAUCCUCUGUUGAUGCACCAGCAACAGGGAGAGAUCAGGUACUUGGGCACUUUCGUGGAAGAGGGCUACAAGGAGAUUCUCGAGCAUCCGCUUUGCCAGGCGUUCCUCUAUUUGAAGUGGCAGAAGAUCCGGAAGUAUUACGUCGGCAGGCUGGCCUUCUACCUGUUCUACGUUCUUAUACUCACGGGUUGGGUAAUGACUGCUUUAGCGCACAACUGUUACAACGAGUCCCACGGCCAAUUAGAUGUUACCCAGCCGCCAUUGUGUGCAAAUACCACCGGUAUAAACGGUUUCCUUUACAGACAUCCCGCGCUGCUCGAGAUGGAAUGGUACGCGUUGAUGGUCUUGACCGUUCUCGAGGCGUUCCGCAAGCUGACCAGCGUUCCGACGUAUCCGUCGGUUCGCCAGUUCUUCGCUCAGGCCGAGAACAUGGUCGAAUGGUGCAUGAUCCUGAGCGUGUUCGCCACCUCGUUCGUCUACACGGGUCGAACGUACCCGUGGCAGAGUCACGUGGGGGCGUUCGCGGUGCUCUGCGGUUGGAGCAACCUGAUGCUGAUGAUCGGCCAGCUGCCGAUAUUCGGGGCGUACGUAGCGAUGUUCACCAGCGUCCAGGCGCAAGUGUUCAAGCUCCUUUUGGCCUAUGCCUGCCUCUUGGUAGGCUUCACCGCGAGCUUCUGCGUCAUUUUCCCACGGUCAAAGUCGUUCAGCAGCCCGCACAUCGGUCUGAUCAAAGUCCUCGUGAUGAUGACCGGUGAACUCAACUUCGAGGAUCUCUUCUUUCCUAUAGAAGAGGACGGCAAGCACACGGACGCCGGCGGCACUUCUUGGAUUCUGCUCCAGGUGUCCGCUCAGCUGUCGUUCGUACUGUUCCUUCUGUUCGUUACCAUUGUUUUGAUGAAUCUCCUGGUGGGAAUAGCCGUUCACGAUAUAAAGGGCCUCCAAAAAACAGCUGGACUGGCAAAACUCGUUCGCCAGACGAAACUCAUCUGCGACGUCGAGACUGCACUUUUUUGGGGCCUGCUGCCGAAACGAUUGACCAAAUUUUUACGAUGGACGGCUCUGCUGAUACCGUCGCCCCUGAGGGUAUGUCUAACCGUUCGACCUCUGAACCCAAGAGAGACCAGAUUGCCGCGCGAUUUGUUGACCGCCGCUCACAAGGUCGCCAAAGAGCGAAAAAAUAUUGGCGAUACCCUGUGCAGCAGAAAGACCAACAGCACGAUGUGCACGUAUCUCAAGAAUGACCCUUACUCGACGAUUCGUUUUCGUUCACCCAAGGAAGACGUAUUCGUCGAGAAUACCACGACCAAAGUAGAAUUGGAGGAGCUCAAGAGGAUCUGCGAAAGAAAUCAAACACUUCUACGGGAUCUUAUGACGACCCUGGUUGCAGACAAACAGCAUAACACGAGCAAAGAAGAGGAUAACGCUAAAUUAAUUCAGUGCCUUAAUUCAUGGAAUUCAAACGCGAAAUUUCAAGUUCGGAUCGAUGUAAAAUUUGGGGCAGUUCUUGUUAAACACGACACGAGCAAAGCGACGGCGAUUAUCGGAUGGUCAUCUAAAAGAGUGCCGUUGUGUGUUACGUCGCAGUUUCUUCGACUUGGCGCGCACGGCGGGCAAAAAAUUAAAAGGGAAAUUCACGGGAACGGUAUGGAGGGUAGCCGAGCUCAGGACGGGUCCAGCAAUGUGCCGAAAAUUACCGUGCAAAGGCCGUCGAUGACGGACGACGAAAUAUUGCGGCGUUACUCGUUAACGAGUUUAAGAGGACGUCGUCUUUCGUUCGACGAGAACGAUGGCUGGCGAACGAUUGAGGAAGGGGACAAAGAAGCUCGCGAAAAUGUCGGCAAGACGAUCCAGAGGAGGAUGAAAUCGUUGACGAGCCACGAAAGAAAGACGAGACAUUAUUCGUUGACGAGACUGAAAAAUCGACGUUCGUUUCUGCACUUGGACGAGGGAAAGAAAUCUUGGAGGACGGACACGGGAACCGUUAACGAGACUAAUAAUAAUAAAACGACGCAAACGUUGAGGGUGCAGCCCGCUCGCGAAGGUAAAACGAGGCACGUAUCCCUGUCGAAUUUGAACGAUCGAUCCAACGAUCACCUUUCCACGAGGUUAGCCUCCACCUUCAGAUCGGUCAGGUAUAGGCACAAUAGCUACUCGGAGAAGAUCGAGAUCAACGAUACCCCACUGACCGACUCCGCGAACGACCAUGUAGAAAUCGACGCUGGUACGCCCCCGCCUGCCGACGAGUCUCUCUUCUACGACAAUCUGGACGUGUGCAGGCAGGCACAGAUCAACGGUAACGAUCUGCGAUCGAUAAUGUGGUCGAUCGUCACCGCCGCGGAAAUGAAGCUUUUGUUCGAAUUGGAGAAAUGCAACACGUUGCCGGAGUUACCGUCGGGUGAAAGGAUAAGGAACAUCGCUUACGUGUGGUGUUGUUACCGCGGUCUGACCCAUCUGUUGCCGAAACUGGAGCAGACAGGGGUAAAUCUCGAUUACACGGAGCCUCGUACAGGUAUGAACGCGAUUCUCGCGGCCUCGUUGAGCGGCAACGUGGCGUGCAUCGAGCACCUGAUCAAGAAGGGCGUCGACGUAAAUUGCAGAAAUCCGAUAAAUUACUACACAGCCCUUCACUUCGCGGUCCUCGGAAAAUCUCCAGAGGCGGCGCGUGUUCUCCUCGAUAACGGAGCGAAAUCCAGCACGUAUCUUUAUCAGGAGAUCCCGGAGCCCGUGUUGCACUCCGCUAUCAGAGCCGGCGCGGUGGAGAUCGUGAAAUUGUUGCUGGAACGAGGUGCCAGCGUGGUCGAGAAGAACCACAUGGGCGAGACACCGUUGCACGUGGCUUGCUUCGUUCAGUCGAUGAAGUGCGUGGAAUUGCUACUGGAAUCGCCCGGUACCAACACCAACGCCGUGGACAGGGCUCACAGGACUCCUCUUCACUUCGCUGUGAUGACCACCCGUUCCUCCGCCAAGCUAGUGGAGAUCCUGUUGAAGCACGGAGCGUCGAUGAACGCCGCGGACAGAACGGGUUUCACUCCUCUUCACGUAGCCGCGUUGAACGAGCAAUCCCACUGCGUGGACGUCCUGAUCUGGGCCGGCGCCGACGUCAGCGCGACCACCAGCGCUGGUCUUUCCGCCUUGAACAUCAUACUCAGAAAAAUACCGGAAUCCCUGCAGGUCUUCAGACAAAGGCUCGACGCCUCCAUAACGCUCCGGCGUCCCGUCCCUCACAACAGGGAGUUCGAGAUGAGGCUGCACUUCGACCUGCUCUUCCCCAGCGGCAACCAAUGCGAGACCAGCUUCAUAAACACCUUCGUCCAGGAACGCCGCAAAGACUUACUCUCGCAUCCCUUGGUGAUGGCUUUUCUCCAUCUCAAAUGGGAGAAGAUACGGAAAUUCUAUCUGCUCAGGAUCCUCCUGUACGCGAUGACCGUGAUCUGCAUGACCACCUACGUCCUCACGGCUUUGGCCUACAAAUGCUACAACUACGACGAGACCAGCAGCUCGAAGAUCUGCGGUAGCAAGCGUCUCUCCGGAUUUCUGUUCAGGAGACCGGUGAUCGAGAUCCAGUGGUAUCUGUUGUUGAUAUUCACCUGCAUCUCCAUACCUAGGAAGAUAUUCGGUUUCAUGGUGUACACGUCGGCGAAACAGUACUUCUCCAACAUUGACAACGUGCUGGACGGGGUCGUUAUAAUCAGCGUGUUCGUCACGUCGUUUAUCUACACGGGUCGCACCUACGAUUGGCAGAAUUACGUGGGAGCGUUCGCGAUACUGUGCGCUUGGACGAACUUGAUGCUGAUGGUGGGCCAGCUGCCGGCGUUCGGCACCUACGUGGCGAUGUUCACCCACAUACAGUUCGAGUUCGCCAAGUUGCUGCUGGCUUACUCCGGGCUGCUGAUCGGUUUCACCGUAAGCUUUUGCGUCAUAUUCGUCGGAGAGCCGUCCUUCGGCAACCCUUUCACCGGUCUCAUCAAAGUCCUGGCGAUGAUGGCGGGCGAGCUGGACUUCGAGGGACUCAUCACCCAGAUCGACGACGAAACAGAGGGCUCGUUCGUUAUUUACCAUCCGUUGUCCGUGUGCUCCCAAAUCCUCUUCACUCUGUUCAUCGUGUUCGUCACCGUGAUCCUUAUGAACCUUCUGGUCGGCAUCGCCGUCCACGACAUCCAAGGGUUGAGGAACCACGCGGGCCUAACGAAACUCGUGCGGCAGACCAAGCUGAUCCUCUUCACCGAGAUGGUUCUUCACAACAGCUCGAUACCUUAUGCCUUUCGUAAGUGGAUGUCGGACCACAAGAUCAACGUGGAGAACAGAAAAAGGGUCCUGGUGGUGAAACCGUUGAACCCUUUGGAGAAAAGAUUGCCAAAGGACAUCUUGAAAGCGGCUUACGAGGUUGCCCAGAAAAAUAUACCGUUUAUGAACGACGAUAACGACAGCCUCAGCGAUCACGUGAUGCGGAUGAGACAACAGAACGAGGAGUUCUCCGACUGCAAUUUGCAAGUGGUCAUCGAAAAUUUAACUAACAAGCUGCACUCCUACGAAGACACCAUUAAGACGCUCAAGGAUCAGCUGUUAGACACCAAUAAAAUCCUGGAGGACGUUAUCAAAAAUCUGACAAAGGAAAAGAAAAAUUGACGCUUCCUAGGUUAUAUUCCCAUUAAUUUUUACGAAUAUGAGCAACAAAGUUGAUAUCGAAGUAAACAUUAAUGGUGGGGGACCAACUGGACAAUCAGGUGCUAUUCGUUGGGGUAUUGCACAGGGGCUUCGAAACUUUGUCGAUAUUGAC